UAGUCAGUUAUCAGCCGCUGUGAAGGGGCAAGCCCGAAAAACUAGCACAGAGCGCGAAGAUCGUGAUCAUCGUUAUCAUCCCUAACGGACAACUUUAUCGAAAUCUCUAUUAGAUUAUCUGAUUGAUACAGAAACCUAAACAUCGCGGAGGGUCUAUUGCGUAUUUCGUUUAUGGUUUAUUUUCCGAGAAAGCCCCACAGGUCGGAGCGUAUCGCUUCCAACUCAAGCCACGAGAAUAUUUUAUGAUCUACAGGCACAACUAGACGAGACGACAGUUGACGGUAUCCACGGAACUAAUUCGUGGUUGGUGAUCUAAGCUAUAUCCGUGCGUAAAAUGGCAAGGAAGCCAUCUGUCUCAAACUAAAAGGAUUUAGCCCUGGUGCAUAGCGACAUGGUAGCGUAUCCUCCACGGGAGUGUUGUGGAACAUGCACCGGAUGAGAGUGAUCAGGUCAUCGAAUUACAGUUUCAGCGCUCAGCAGUCGGAGAGAGGUAGCGGAGAAAGAAAGCUGAUGGUGAGCCUGUCGUGGCCAAGCCACGAAUGCGCGGAGGAGAAAUUGUCGUGGGAAUGCCAGCACUUCAAACGAUGGGGGUUUAACGGCCCCGUUUUAUACUGAGGAACCCCACACUUCAAUUUUUAACAGCACUGAGUCAUUUCCACGGGCGGGAUCAGAUCUGUUUCUCUGAUAUUUAACUGAUUAUCUUAACGGAAUCACUGUUUUUCAUUCGCCCCGUUUAUAUCCAAAACGGACUACGGGGAAUCUUCUUAUUCCACACCUGCUGUGUUCAUUUUGAGUCCUUUCUUCGGAGAAGCAUUGCGCUGCGUUGGAGCAGAAUGGGAGACUGUGUGUCUCUCUGAAGACUGCUGGCUACUCUCCCCGGGUGUUUGAAUCGAGCUGUUGCCACUCGCCAGCCAGGAUGCAGCUUAUCAGAGUUGCGUGGGCUUUAGCGGGAGCGGCAAUCUGUUGUUUUGUUAUUCUUCUCAUCCACUCACGCUUGCUCAAAGAAGGUCAGCUGGCAGCAGGGACGUGUGAGAUUGUGAUGCUGAACAGGGACAGCAGCCAGCCCAGACGGACCAUCGCCAGGCAGACGGCACGGUGCGCCUGCAAAAAGGGCCAGAUCGCUGGGACGACAAGGGCCAUGCCUGCGUGUGUGGACGCUCGUAUUGUCCGGACCAAACAGUGGUGCGAGAUGGACCCAUGCCUGGAAGACGAAGGCUGUGACCUGUUGGUCAAUAAAUCCGGAUGGACUUGUACACAACCCGGAGGCAGAAUCAAAACCACCACAGCUCUAUGACGUGCCAGGAUGCCUUGUGGAUCCUCCAUUCCUCUGACAGUACUAUGGUGGAGGAGAGCAUUGAUGACUCUAACAGACAGCCUCAGACCUCACCAACAAGCACCAUCACCAGUCCCUUACUACAGACAGGAACAACCAACAUUGCCAACUCCAAACCACGCCAGGCCUUAUCCACACAGCAAGGUCUCUUAGACACGAUCGACAACGGCCAACACCGGUGGGUUUAAGGGUACGAGAAGACGAGGAAGAGGUCUCAUCUUUGACUCUGAAGAAGCUGCUUCCUGUAUCUUGUGCCCUAAUUCCUGGCUUGACUCCUCUGCGACUCCGACCAAACUAUGACCAUCUGCUGUAGAUAACCUGCUGUCUGUCAUUGGAUCAACAUGUCCUGUCCGCCUCCACUAUUACCGUCCGUCUGCUUUGUAAAUGAGCAGCCCCUCCGAGUGCCACAGAGGUCUGGUGUUUGUCAGCGCCUCCUUCAGGUGGUAACUGGCAGGUCAUGUUGGAUUGACUACUGUGUUGUAUAGCUACUGUCGGCUCCUGCUCGGUGGACGGACUCACACUUGUGUCAAUGUCACCUGCUUCUGUUGGACUCGAGAGCCCAGAGAGACGUUGUCCCAGAAGACUUUUGCGGCUUUCCGGUGUGACGACCAAGCGCCAGACUGUGGACUGUACCAAACUAUGUACUGGAUCUAUCCACAAUCUGGACCGGGCUGUGGACCGGGCUGUGGACCGGGCUGUGGACCGGGCUGUGGACCGGGCUGUGGACCGGGCUGUGGACCACACUGGACCGAUUCUUAAUGCUCUGUGCCCGCCCAGUGCUCUUCUGUGAAUAGGCCUUCUGCCUGAGGAGUACAGCUUUGGCACUACAUAUUUUUAUAGACCAAAGAGGAAUAAAAUAACAACAGUUUAUUUUAAGACGCGUUGGACCAGAUUGGGAUAGAGAACUAGCUAAUUGUUUCUCGCUACACAACGACUGCCCUCUAGCUGUAGAUGUUGGGCUUUAUGUGGACUUGUGCAAUCUGAAUAUACGCUAUAGAGUAGUGGGACACACACUUUGCUGACUUUUUGUUCUCGGACUAAACCCACCACUGUAUUCUGAAACUGGAGAUGUAGAGAAACGCAUCUGUGUAUUAAAAUAAAUUCUGAUUUGCAUUUUUCCACUGCUACAAAUGGGGACCUAUUGCAAUAAGCAUGGUUCGUAAAUGGUAAAACUCUGUUAUCAGUGAGACAUUAAAAAGAAUAUUCAAACUAUCAUUUCUGGCUGCAGUUGGCGAGUCGGGGCAAGAAAAAUGUCAUUAAAUGUAUUUUGAAGGGCCUAAAAGUUAUAUAUUUAACAGUUUUAUAUGUUGUACCUUUGUACAGAACCUAUUCGACAUGAAUAACAUGGUCACAAAAUGGCAGCCGUAGAACGAGAAGAAGCUCUGUUGUUUCUAUAACACUGGUCUGUCAUACUCUUUCUGUUCUCAUAAGUAGCUGCUCUCCUCUCAUACAGUACAUAUCUCCCAACUGGACUACAGACCUGAUCUAUCAAUUACAGAUAAAGGAAAAAACACACAUCGAGUUCACUCAGAAUACGUACUGAAUAUUUUACAGAUGUCUGUGAGAGUCUUGCAAUGUGCAUUGGUUUAAAUGUGGUUAAUUCCAACACAUCCAACACGAAAAAAUCAGAUUCAAAUCAUAAUGCUUUUUCCCGUUAUCUGGAUCUGAUUGAAUUCUGGCCAGUGAGUCACUUGGUUAAAAAUGAAAAAAUAAAUAUUUAAAUAAAUAUGUACGACUAAUAUUGAGCUCAAUACAGACCAAGAUUUAGGCUGGAAGUUAUUAAAAUCCACCAAAGCAGAGUUCAUGCAGUGUCUUUAUUUCCAGUAUUCAUUUCCUUCCCACACAUUUCAAAUUCUGAAAGCAAACCUGUGAAUGGGAUUGUCUUGUUAGUAUGUUUUUAUACAGUACCUAGUCUGUGAGUUAUUUGACUAUGGAAAAGAGCCACUGCGUAAAUACUGCAAUGCAGGAUUGAUUUAAUUGAGCCUUUAGCCAGUGAGGAGCCAUUGAAACAUGCUGAUUGCUACAGUAUUGUAUUGUAAAAGGUGUGGAAUACUGACUCAUUUCUCUAUAAUAUGGAAUUUGAUCUAAUUUAUUUUUGUGCUUGUGUUUGUCACACAAUGCUGACCUCCAGUACUAAAUGAAGAUGAUAAUGAUGAUAGAAAAAGAGUAUGAUGGUGUUGUUCUUGGUGGUGGUGAUGAUGAUGAUGAUGACGACGACAGGCGAAGAUGGGAGGCAUUGCGGGAAGUCUUAGAAUCAUUUACAUGAGAUAAUUUUUUAUCAUGAAAUAUUUUAAGAAUAAAUGAAAUACAUGAAAGAAC